UUUUCCUCUUUCUACAGAACAACAAGAAGAAAAAAAGCUUCUUCAUUUUUUCAUUCAUUAGAUUAGGAAGGAGGGAUACACAUAAAAGAACUCUUUAUCAUAUACAUUGGAAGAUCUGAUUCUUUUAUUCUGAGUUUGUGUUAUUUUCUAAGAAGGAAGAUAAGUUUAGAAGAAGAAAAAGGAAGAAGAAGAAUGGGUUUGGAUUAUUACAACAUAUUGAAAGUGGAUAGGAACGCAACAGAGGAUGAUCUAAAGAAAUCUUACAGAAGGUUGGCUAUGAAAUGGCAUCCUGACAAAAACCCUAACACCAAAACUGAAGCUGAAGCCAAGUUCAAACAGAUCUCUGAAGCUUAUGAGGUUCUAAGUGAUCCGCAGAAGCGAGCGGUGUAUGAUCAAUAUGGGGAAGAAGGAUUAAGCGAUAUGCCGCCUCCCGGGAGCACGGGAAACAACGGAAGAGCGGGUGGUUUCAACCCGAGAAAUGCUGAAGAUAUAUUUGCAGAGUUCUUUGGAAGUAGUCCAUUUGGUUUUGGAUCAGCUGGUGGUCAUGGAAGGUCGACGAGGUUUCAAUCAGACGGAGGUGGAGGAAUGUUUGGUGGGUUUGGUGGCGGUAACAACGGUAGCGAAAACAAUAUAUUCAGAACUUACAGCGAAGGCACUACUGCGCCUAAGAAGCCUCCACCUGUUGAGAGCAAGUUGCCUUGUAGUCUUGAAGAGUUGUAUUCUGGAUCAACUAGGAAAAUGAAGAUCUCUAGAUCCAUUGUUGAUGCUAAUGGAAGACAGGCGCAAGAAACAGAGAUUCUGACUAUUGUUGUGAAACCAGGAUGGAAGAAAGGGACAAAGAUUAAGUUUCCCGACAAAGGAAAUGAGCAAGUGAAUCAGUUACCAGCUGAUUUGGUGUUUGUGAUUGACGAGAAGCCGCACGAUUUGUUCAAGAGAGAUGGGAAUGAUCUCAUCACAAGCCGGAGAGUGACGCUCGCAGAAGCUAUAGGAGGAACAACUGUGAAUAUCGACACGCUUGAUGGGCGGAAUUUACCCGUUGGUGUCACGGAAAUCGUCAGUCCCGGGUAUGAGCUUGUAGUUCCUGGAGAAGGGAUGCCAAUUGCUAAAGAACCAAGAAACAAAGGCGAUCUCAAGAUCAAAUUCGAUGUUCAGUUUCCCGCAAGAUUGACAACGGAGCAGAAAUCCGCACUCAAGGGGGUCUUAGCGGGUUGAAGAACUGAGAUUUAUGUUCUUCUUGUAAUUUGUAGCAUAUUCAUGAUGUAUCUGAAAAUAAUCCGUACAAAUCUUCGGUUGUGUUGGAUUCAAAGUUUCCCAUCAAACUUAUUAUGCUUAAA